CGCACCAUGUGGGGUGGAGCUUGUGUUUGAACGUACAGCGGGGAAACAUAAUGGCGUAACGUCGAUGUGUUAUAUAUGUGGUGAUUAACUAACUGCACUUCGACAGUCAACAUCAAUAUUCCAAAUGGCACGCACAUAAUAUUGAUAAGUGCUUAUUACGGCGGAUGGUGCAGUAACAUAACUUUCUCAAGUAUGGCGACCGACCAGUGAUCGGGCAAUUAGUGGUCGUAGCUAAACGUGUUAGCUAGCUGUUCUUUAACAUGCUUAUCAAAUGCAUGCCACCGUGUAUGAUAUACGUAUAUGUAUGAUAGUCUAUACCUCACCGCAGUAACAGAACGCUUCGCUGGGAAUUAGGAUGCCUAUUCGAGCUUAUUGUACAAUUUGCUCCGAUUUCUUCGAUCACUCCAAAGAUGUCGCCGCUAUCCACUGCGGCCACACUUUCCAUCAUGACUGCCUGCUUCGGUGGUUUCAAACAGCCACGACAAAAACAUGCCCGCAGUGUAGGAAGCAGGUCAGCAACAGGCACAUUAUCAGCAAACUCUUCUUUGACAUUGGAGAGGAAGAGAGUUCAGCAGACCCUGAAUCCUUGCAGAAUGAGCUUGACAGGCUUAAGGCGCUUUUAAGCUCUAAAGAAAGAGACUGGCGUGACAAACAGAAAACUGUGGAUGGUCUUAAGGACACUGUGGACAAGCAGAGGAGAGACUUGGACAGCAUGCGGAAAGAUGUCGUCGAGAAAGAGAUGCUGUGUUCUGCUCUCAGAAAACAAAUGACCUAUCUGGAAACGCAACAUAAUGACGCUCAGGCUGCAAAGGAUGAGGCCCGCAGACUGAGGACCAAAAUGAAAACAUAUGAAAGCCUGGAUGUUUUAUUACAAGGUCAAAGAUCUGAAGUGGAGUCCAUGAUUACAGACAUGGGUGUUAGUCAGGCUGCUGUGGAGCAGCUCUCCAUCUACUGUAUCUCUCUCAAAAAAGAGUAUGACAGCUUAAAAGGAAGCCUGAAAUCGUCUAACGACAUGUGCGAGAGGCUGAGGAGGGAAGUGCUCACAUCCAACAACAAGUUACAAAAAGCCUCGACGGAAGUGAAUCAAACAAAAGAGGACAUGAAGUCGCUGCAAAACGAUCUGGCGAGUGCGGACAAAGAGAUCUCUAGUCUGAAGAAGAAGGUGGAGUUCCUGCAGAAGUCCCUGAGCACGCCGACACGAACCAACGAGGCACUCAGUCGACUCAUCUUUGAGAGCCCGGCUCCCAUGGAGCUGAAGCAGCCUCACCUCCACCAGCCAGUAGGCGGCGAUGACAUUGACCUCAACAUGACCUAUGAGGUAGCCACCCCCGAUGACGUGGCCAAGAAACCAAUGAAGGCCCCAUCCAAGAAGAUGCAUUUAGACCAUCCACCGUCAAAACACGACGAGAAGGCUUCAUCUUUGAGCAAGGCCAGAGAAGAUGCAUCCGUGGAUCCUUUUUUGAGGAACUCCCUCCUCUUCAGGAAGAAGACCUUUGGGAGCAUGUUGGACCCCCAGAGGAAGUUUGGAGCCGUGAAAAGUGGUUACGAUGGAUUAGGAGGACGGACCAAAUUCAUCCAACCUUCUCCGCUGGCAGAGAUCCGCCCGCUGAUGAAAGCUAAAAGGAAAAAGGUGAGCAGGCCCCCCCCCAAGAUGCCAACCUGCCUGACGCUGGACAGCUUCCUUGAAUGAGGAAGUCACCUGGCAGGAUGCGGCUUGUGAAGUGUACGCUAUUAGUUUUGACCUUUCACCCCCGACUAUCUAUUUAAAAACAAGUGGGCGACCACUUCCUGUUUUCUUUUCAUGACAUUAGCACAUUUUCUUCUUGCUGUGUGUUUGCGUGGGAACACUCUCUGCUUUUUCUUUUUCUUGGGGCGACUCUGAACUAUCGGUAUGGGAGACUGAGGGAGUGUAUGCAGAAUUUUCCGCCGUAGUCUUUUUUUUUGAAACAGAUUCCAAGUCUGAUGUAUUAUAGUCAAAGUAUAUUUUUUAGUUAAAUUGUAAUUAAUAAACCGAAUCCUUUUAGUGAU